AUAGAACUAGAGUUAGAGUGAGAGUAGUGACCCAUCAUGAGUCUCACUCCUCCCUAGUAUUGGUCUUGGUCUCCACUCUGUCUACUCUCUCUCUCUCUCUCUCUCUCUCUGCAAAAACCAAGGUUGAGCAUUUUUGUGUUACCAACGUACGAAAAUGGCGACGACGAUGACGCCAAGGGAACACAUAGAAGAUAUACGGAAGACCAAGUUCUCCAUCGGAGAAAAGCUCAACCCUUUAACGGAGGAUCUUCACCAGGCCGUCAAGAACCUCUCCGGCGAGCUUUACGCUAAAGACGUCCACUUUUUCAUGGAACUCGUUCAGAAUGCAGAAGACAAUGAGUACUCGGAGGGGGUUGAUCCAUCCCUUGAGUUUGUGAUUACAUACCGCGAUAUAACGGCUACAGGGGCUCCAGCCACAUUGCUGGUUUUCAAUAAUGAAAGGGGGUUUUCUCCCAAAAAUAUUGACUCCAUUUGCAGUGUUGGACGGUCCACCAAGAAAGGCAACAGGAAGCGUGGUUAUAUUGGGGAGAAAGGAAUUGGCUUCAAGAGUGUGUUUCUGAUCACUGCUCAGCCUUACAUAUUUAGUAAUGGUUAUCAGAUAAGGUUCAGCGAAGAACCUUGUUCACAUUGCAAUGUUGGCUACAUCGUACCUGAAUGGGUUGAGCAGAAUCCCACUCUAUCUGAUAUAGAAAAGAUAUAUGGUUCUGCUACUGCCCUUCCUACCACAACACUGAUCUUACCUCUGAAGCCCGACAAGGUUGAACCUGUGAAGAAACAACUCUCGAUCAUUCAUCCAGAAGUUCUCUUGUUCCUAUCAAAGAUUAGGCGGCUCUCUGUUAGGGAAGACAAAGAGGACCCAAGGCAGAACACUGUGAGUGCAAUUGAGAUAGCACGUGAGACUGAACAUGCGCAAAGGAAGAACAUCGAUGCUCAAUCCUACACUCUGCAUCUUUCAGCGGAAGAAAAUGGUGGAAAUGGAGAAUGCAGCUACUACAUGUGGAAACAAAAGUUUCCUGUCAGGCAGGAAUUCAGAGUUGAGAGGAGAAUGGAGGUGGAUGAGUGGGUGAUCUCUCUUGCAUUUCCAAUUGGAGAACGUCUUCAAAGAGCAAGGAACUCUUCGCCUGGUGUUUAUGCAUUUCUUCCCACAGAAAUGGUCACCAACUUUCCCUUCAUAAUACAGGCGGAUUUUCUUUUAGCAUCUUCAAGAGAGACAAUCCUACUUGACAACAAGUGGAAUCAAGGGAUUCUUGAGUGUGUGCCCACCGCAUUUUCCCAUGCUUUUAACUCUCUUGUGAAAACUGUGGAAGGUGCGCCAACAUCAAGUUUGCCUCCUAUGUUCAGAUUCUUGCCUGUUCAGGUUUCUUCCUGUAAAGAAUUAAAUGCUGUAAGGGAUUCGAUAAAAGCAAAGAUGGUUGAGGAAGACAUUAUACCAGUUGAGCCCGAAAUGGAGCAAAAGUUCUUCCACAAGCCUCGUGAAGUGGGAAGAUUAAUGCCUGCCUUUUGGUCUAUUUUGAGGAAGGCGAGGGUUCAAGGUACUGUAAGCUUGAUUAAGCUCUCAUCACAUGGAAGAUUUGUUCUGUCUUAUUCCUUUGACAGCAAGGAAUAUGAUCCUAUACUAAGUUUCCUUGGAGUUGAACCAGUGAAUGAUGACUGGUAUGUUAAAUGCAUACAGGGUACUUCUAAUCUUGUUGGUGGAGUGUCAGAAGAUCUGUACUUAGAGCUUCUACAGUUUAUCGCUGAAAAUUGGGGUUCUAAAUUUGGUCACACCAACAUGAAGAACAUACCAUUGAUAAAAUAUGCAGACUCUGGAAAUGAAUCUUUGUGCAGCAUAAGCCAAAUCCAGAAAGGGGAAUGUAGAGUUUGCUUAUCGAGCAAAUAUUCUCGUGUUUCAUGGCUGAUUGAUUGCAACCGGGAAUUUAAUUCUGUGACUCGUCUUCUCUUUAUGCCAAAAGCCACUCAGGAAGCCAUCUGGACAUGCUCUGGGAAGGAUACAUUGAAGAAAUGGCUAGCUGAUCAAGCUAAGGUUGUAGAUGUUGAUGUCAAUCAAUAUGCAGUUGAUCUCCUUCAGAAUUCUCUUAAUGAGCGGAAGCUUGUUAUUGCAUAUGUUCAUUUCUUAUAUCACUCGGUUGAUAAUGAUUUUAUCUCAAGUCGGGAAGUUCACCGUUUAUGUGGAAUUAUGCCACUAGUGGAUGGCUAUGGGGACAUCAUCAGGGGUAGAAAAGGGGUUAUUGUUCCUGCCAAUGGAAGCAAAUGGGCGGGAUUGACUGAUUCUAAUUUGUGGAGAAAAGAAGGCUAUGUUGAAUUAGGAGAGCAUUAUAUGAAUUCUGGCUAUUUUGCUGGUAAGUAUACACUGGAGAAGAAGCUUCUUGAGUUCCUUAUAGAACAUGCUGCUGCUUUGGAUGUCCCUCAUAUUUCUGCUCCAAGUGAUCGUAUCUCGUCUGUAUCUGCACCACUAACUAAGCAGAAUGCCUUUUUGCUUUUGGAUUGGAUUCGUCAACUGAAUUAUAAAAGGGUUGUCAUCCCUCAGAAGUUCUUGGCUUGCAUAAAGGAAGGUAGUUGGCUGAAAGUUACUUUGAAUGGCUCUCCUGGUUAUAGGCCACCAUCCCAGUCAUUUCUGCUUAACUCAUCAUGGGGAAAUACUUUGCAGAAUGGAUCCGUCUCUGUUGACAUUCCAUUGAUUGAUACGAGCUUUUAUGGUGAGUGCAUUAGUGGAUACAAGGAGGAGCUAAAGACAAUUGGGGUCAUGUUUGAAUAUAGCGAAGCAUGUGACUUCAUUGGGAAGCAUUUCAUGUCUCUGGCAGCUUCAUCCUCUUUAACUAGAGGAAAUGUGCAUUCCAUUCUGCGUUUCAUCAGGUUUUUAAGGGACAAACUUCUUCCUCCGGCCGAUUUUAUCUCUGCUAUUAAGAAAGGGAACUGGCUGAAGACUGCCGUUGGUUACAGGUCUCCUGUAGGAUCUGUUUUGUCAGAUAAGGAGUGGAAUGUUGCCUCCAAAAUUAGCAACAUUCCCUUCAUUGAUCAGGACUUUUAUGGUGAUGAAAUCUGUAAUUUCAGAACUGAACUUGAGUUGCUCGGUGUUGUAAUCUCCUUCAACCACCAACUUAUAAUUGACAACCUGAAGUCACCAUCUUCCAUAACUUAUUGGUCACCUCAGGUUGUCAUCUUAAUGCUCAACUGUAUGGCUCUAUCCAAGUCAUCUGAUAAACUUGUCAAUGCAUUGAAAGGAGCCAAGUGCCUGAAGACAAGUAUUGGUUACAAGUGUCCAGGGGAAUGUCUCUUGUUUCAUCACGAAUGGGGUUGCAUUCUUCAGGUCGUCGAUGGUCUUCCCUUGAUUGAUCAUGAAUUCUAUGGGAGCAACAUUUUCCUGUACAUAAAUGAACUGAAAAAAAUUGGUGUGGUGGUUGAUUUUGAAGGGGCUGCAAAAGUAUUUGCUCGAUAUUUCAGGCACUAUGCAUCAUCAGCUUCCAUCACCAAGGAAAAUGUUGCAUCAUUGCUUCUGUGUUACAGAGCGCUGAAGGGGACUCCAUAUAAAUUUCCUACUGAUCUUAGGAGCUGCAUUGGUGAGGUCAAGUGGUUGCGUAGUCGUUUUGGUGAUUUCAGAUGUCCAAGGGAGUGCAUUCUCUUUAGUACCGAGUGGGAAUCUAUAUCCCCAAUAACUAUGCUUCCUUUCAUUGAUGAUUCUGACAGUUACUAUGGAAAGAGCAUACAUGAGUACAGAAAAGAGCUGAAGAGCUUGGGGGUUGUCGUCGAAUACAAGGAAGGAGUUAAGUUUGUGGCUUCUGGUCUUUAUCUCCCUAGGGAUGUCAGCCGUAUUUUUCCUGUAAAUGCACUUGCGUUGCUGGAAUACAUACGAGUUUUCCAGGAGAAAGGUUACGCCUUUCUUGAUAAUUCUGAUUUCAUGAAGAAAGUUUCUCAACCAUGGAUAAAGACUCAUGCUGGUUAUAGGUCUCCCAAAGAGUCUUUGUUGUUUGAUUCCAAGUUUGGCUUAUAUUUGAAGCGGACUGAUGGGCCUUUCAUUGAUGAAGAAUUCUAUGGUACUAAGAUUGCAUCUUACAAAAAAGAGCUGUCUGCAUUGGGGGUUAUUGUUGAAUUUGAGAAAGGAUGUCCCCUGAUUGCCAGCCACCUUGAUGUUCAUUAUGAGAUUGAAGCAUUUGUUCGGCUGUAUAAUUACUUGAGUGCAUUCAAGUGGGAACCAGACACUGACGCUGCUCGAAGGAUCUGGAUUCCAAAAGGAGAGUGGGUUCGUCCUGAUGAUUGUGUUAUAUAUGACAAGGAUGGGCUCUUUGGUUUACAAUUGACUGUUUUGGAGAAACAUUAUGAACAGAAACUUCUAUUUUUCUUCUCCAGUGCGUUUAGAGUUAAAUCUCAUCCUUCAGUUGAUGAUUACUUGAAGGUUUGGAAGGUUUGGGAAAGUUCUGGAAGUGCAUUGUCGCAUGCUGAUUGUUGCAAGUUUUGGAGUUAUAUCUCGAAGCACUGGAAUUCAAAGACAGAAAAGACUGUUGCUGAUGCCUUGGUGAAAGUACCUGUCAGUUCUGGAUCUGAAGGAAUCUUGCUGUGCAACAAGUCUGAUGUUUUCAUUGCUGAUGACCUUCAACUGAAGUAUCUAUUUGAACAGUCUUCUCCUGUGUCUAUUUUUGUUUGGUACCCUCAGCCAAGUUUGCCUUCCAUUCCAAGAUCCAAGUUGCUUGACAUUUAUCGAAGAAUUGGUGUUCGCACUAUAUCUGAAUCUGUACAGAAGGAAGAGGCGUCACUUGCAGAUGAUGUUGAAGUAGUCUCUUUGCCGAGGGAAAAGCUGAUUAAGAAAGCGCUGUUCAGGCUGAUUCUUGGUUUUCUUGCUGCUCCUCCCAUGGAAAUGGAAGCUGAGAAGAGGCUUGAAGUUGUUCAAUUCCUUGUGAAUGUUACUGUGGUGGUUACAGCUGAACCAAUCUCUGUAAGCUAUAAUCUACCUUUAUCUUCUGGGAAAGUUUUGAAUGUGAGAGGAAGCCGAAAAAUACGGUUUGAUAGAGAAAAUUCAAAGAUCUUCACUCAGAAAAUGGACAAGUCUGGAGGGCAGAAGAGUAUCAUUGAGUUUGCUACUUUUUUCUCCGAAGCGAUAUCUGAGAGUGUGUUAUGGGAGAGCACUGAUCAUAUAGAUUCACUCUCUGAGCUGAUCAAGAUGGCUUAUUUGCUAGACUUCAAUGAGGAAGCAGUUGAUUUCUUGAUGAAGUCCAAGAAUUUGCAAACUUUUAUGGAGGAUGAGGAGUUUCUCAAGACUGUCUAGCAAACCUUGUGGGUAGUUAUGUGGUUACAAUUAUAUAGAUUGUGAUGGUGUUUAUAUAUCCUUGUGGGAAGUUUCAUUUUGCUUUUGUUGUUGGCUUUUCUUUCUGUUGAAUUUUCUUGUUGUUCUGGACAUGUAAUGCUUUCUUUUGUGCUAUCAAUAAAUAUUACAGCUCUUAUCAUAUUUCCCUUA